AUGGACUGGGCCGCCUCUAAGCUCUCGCGCCCGAAACCGAACCCCGCGCCCUUGUCCUCCGGUCCUGGCCCCAGCGCCCACAUUCAUCUCGAUGCCAAACUGCAACGCGAACUAGCUCGCCUGGACGACUCGAUCCCCUUCAAUCCCGUAGCCCGCCAUUUGCAUCACACGUGGGCGCAGACCUUCUUCUCUCGCCCGGAACUCUACUUCCAGCCGUCGUCGGUGCCGGAGCUGCAGAAGAUCGUGACCCUCGCGCGAAGGUGCCGCAAACGGCUGUGCGUCACGGGUUUCGGACAUUCGCCUUCUGAUCUGACCUGUACGUCGUCGUGGCUGGUCAACCUCGACAACCUGGCCGAAGUGCUCGAGUUUGACGUCGACCACACUCCCGGCCUCGUUCGGUUCCAAGCCGGCCUCUCGUUGCAUAAUCUCAACCUUGCGCUGGCCAAGCAUGGCUACACGCUGCCCAACCUCGGCUCCAUCGACGUGCAGUCUGUCGCCGGUGUCAUCUCGACCGGCACCCAUGGCUCCAGUCUGAAGCACGGCUUGGUCUCGGAAUCCAUUACCUCGCUCACGGUCCUGCUGUCCAACUCGCAACUCGUGACGUGUUCGGCGACCAAGAACCCGCAACUCUUCCGGGCGGCUCUGCUUUCGCUCGGCUCUCUGGGAAUCAUUGUGGAAAUCACCCUGCAAGCCGUGCCGGACUUCAACGUCGCCUGGUCGCAGUCUCUCCAAACCCUCUCGUCCGUGCUGGAGUCGUGGGAUACCGACCUCUGGACGCAGAAGGAAUUCACUCGCGUCUGGUGGCUGCCGUACUUGGGCCGGGCGGUGGUCUGGCGCGGGUCCAAGACCGACUCCCCGCCGCGGGCGCCCAACAGCAGCUUCUACGGCGGGGCUUUUGGCUACUACGUCUACCACAAUCUGCUGUACCUGUCCAACACGUUCCCGCGCAUUCUGCCAUGGAUCGAAUGGUUUGUGUUUGGCAUGCAGUACGGCUUCAAGCCGGGCUCCUUCAUCACGUCGGCCGUUCAACCCGCCCGCGAGGGCCUGUUGAUGGACUGCCUGUACUCGCAAUUUGUCAACGAAUGGGCGCUGCCGCUCUCCAAAGGGCCCGAGGCCAUUGCCCGCCUGGCUGCCUGGAUCAACCACGACGACGAGACCGCGCGGAUCCCCAUCUCCAGCAAAGGUGUCUGGGUGCACUGCCCGGUCGAAGUGCGCGUCACACAUACCUCGCGCAACGUGCCCAACCCGUCCGGCGUGCGACCUUACCUUGACCCCACCGUUCCCGACGGGCCCACGCUCUACCUCAACGCGACGCUGUACCGACCGUACGGUCGCGACCCGCCCUGUCACGAGCGCUACUACCAGGCCUUCGAGUACCUGAUGCAGGAACUCGGCGGGCGGCCGCAUUGGGCCAAGAACUUUGCGUACACGACCAGCGCGCAGUUCGGCGCCAUGUACGGCCAAGACAUGAUCGACUUCCUCCAGGUCCGCGACGAGAGUGACCCAGACGGCAUGUUCUUGGGUGAAUGGCACAGGAGGACUCUCCCGCUCAACGUCGGUGCCGGUGCCGGUACCCAGGACAGCGAGGGCCAGGCCAAGGCGAAGACCAAGUUCCCCUUGAUGGAGGAAGAAGUGCGUCGGUCGAAGAAAGGUCUCGGCUGGGGAUUUGGAGACGGAUUACUCUGGCAGGGUCGACAAGUCAGCGGGCCAAGUGCGGGAGAUGGAGACGACGAUGACGAGGGUGAUUUGUCCGACGAGAACUCCAAGGCUGGCGACGCUACGCCCAGUCCUCCUGCCACCACGACCAGUGAGGAGUCGUUCGACUAUAUGGCCAAAGGGGAAGCCAGUGUGUAUGCCGAGAGGGAUGGUUGA